AAUCGAUGGCCGAAGCGGUAUCUCAAAUCUCAAAUUCCAAACCCUAGAAAUAAUUUCUGUUUCAAAAACUCAACUUUUCGCUGCGAUUGGAUCUCAAAGGGGCUUCAAUUUUAUCCUCUUUUCCAAACCGCCUACUUCCAUCUGUCUUCAUAAGACGACCCUUUUAAUCACCUUUUGUGAUUUCGAAUCUGAAACCUGAGCUCUCUUCAUUCCGUUAAUUAAUUUCUGGAAAGUUAGGUUUUUUUAUUGUGGAAUUGGGAAUUCUAUUUUGAAGAGAUUUGGGGUUAAGUACCAGAGUUGCAUUUGUGCUGGCAAUGCCAUUGGUGUGGUUAGUAGAGAAAAAAAAUUGGUGAUUUUUGUGAUACCGAAAAAGCAUAAUGUCUUGGGCAGGUCCUGAAGAUAUCUAUCUUUCUACUUCACUUGCUAGUUAUCUUGACAAGAAACUUCUUAUAUUGCUAAGAGAUGGUAGAAAGCUCAUGGGGACACUUCGCUCUUUUGAUCAAUUUGCUAAUGCUGUUCUUGAGGGUGCCUGUGAGAGGGUUGUUGUUGGUGAUCUGUAUUGCGACAUCCCUCUGGGUCUUUAUGUAAUCCGUGGGGAGAAUGUUGUUCUAAUUGGUGAGCUGGACAUGGAGAGGGAGGAACUUCCCCCACAUAUGACUCGUGUUCCUACAGAAGAAAUCUUGAGGGCACAGAAAGCAGAAAGGGAUGCUUCAGAUCUGAAAGGAACUAUGAGAAAAAGAAUGGAAUUCCUUGACAUGGACUGACAAUUGGUGAACUACCACACUCACUCAUCCGCAAAUAUUAUAGCGGCUCUUCAGUUAUUUUAUUUUACUUUCUUUUAUUUUGAUCAAAACAUUGUUGAAAUUUCUUGUGUAAUAUUAAAUUAAUCCGAGUAAUCAAUACUAUGAUUAUUCAUUUUCUUGUUAUAA